CUGUUCCAAACCAUUGAUCCAUAUCACCUCGACACCUGCGGCACGUAGCUUCUGUGCUCCUUCACACUUCACAAAAUCAUCUGGCUCCCCCACACCUAUGAAACAUCUGCGUUGGUGUACAUGUCUGCCGACGAGAGUAAAUCCUCGACAUUAAGCGUGUCAGGUGGUGCUGGAAGAAGUUUACAAAGCUCCUCCGUGGAUAGUGAGCGAGCCUUUGACAGCGCAUUCGCUUCAGCAUGAGUGUUUCCUGGAAGUUCUCUGGAAUACCCCGUGGCUAACACGACUGGUGAGGAAUCGGCUGGGUAACGGGCAGUCAAGACGCAGCCAACACAGAAAGCAGUUGGGAUAGGAACACAUCUCUUUGCCUCUUCGAGGGCUAUACGAAGAAAUUUGAGAUGCUCAUCGUCGUCUUGAGACAUCUUUGAGCUCAAAGGAAAUAUUGAGCCAAAUACGGCGGUUGGAAAUAUUGAAGGGCUUAGGAUCGCGAUUACAUUUCGGUAAUGUGACGGUGUGACUACCAUUAUUAGUAGUCCUUAGUAAGAUGUCACAAGCUGAUUUGCUUUAUUGACCGUUUAGCGCUGGUUGGACCUUAGCAGGGCGAUCGUGCAUUGUUUCUUCCACCAUUCUCUCUUCCACUCUCCACCAUGUCGUCGCCACCGGGGGUCCCCCUCACAACUCAUCAACUGGAACCGGAAGAUGAUCCCAUGCACGGAGCUGCUCAUGAAGACGAAGAGGGCGAGGGGGACGAGAUCGGACCCGCUGCCUCAGAUGAUAGCUCAGAAGAACCGGAGGAAGACGAGGAGGAGGCGCGACGAAUAAGGGAAGGGUUCAUUGUAGACGAAGAGGAAGAGGAAGAAGCGUCUGAAGAGGAAGAGGAACGUCGAAGACGACGCAAAAGACGCAAACGGCGUCAUCGAGAGCGAGAAGAGGAAGAGGCCUUGGAAGAGGAUGACUUGGAACUACUCGAAGAAAAUACGGGAGCUUCCUUCUCUCGAAACCGUCUCACAAGGAUCCGACGCGCUCGUGAUGCCGAAUCCCCCCCUGCUGCUAGUGCUUCUAGGCGUAAAGCUGUUGUCGAGUCGUCAGAUGACGACCUAGACAACGAUUUUGGACUUCCCCAAGUCAAGGAUAUCCAGAGUAUUUGGGAUGACGAAAGGGCAGUAGGCAGAGAUGAUGAGGACGAGGCGGACUUGGACGACAUGGACAACUUCAUUGAAUAUGAAGACGAGGAUGAGUCGGGCGCGGCGAUGGAUGAGGAGGAACGCGAGGAACGUAGAAAGGAGAGGAGGCGGUUGGAGAAGGAACGUCGGCGAGCAAUGGGUUCCCGACCCGAACUUGCAGGUAUCGACGCAAAUGCCUGGGAUGAAAUCUACGAAGUCUUUGGUGAUGGCCACGAGUUCGACUGGGCUUUGGAAGCAGACGAAGAGACUCCAUUGGAUGAGGAAAUGCUAAAACCAGAGAUGAAAUAUCAGGAUGUCUUUGAACCUUCCGAAAUUCGUGCUCGUAUGUUGACCGAAGAUGAUGACCUUAUUCGGGCUCAUGAUACACCGGAGCGGAUGCAGCUUGCGACAUCCUCGUUGUCUUCGUCAGCUACUUUGUCCCUUCAAAGCCCCUUGACGGAACGCGACCUAGAUGAUGCUUCAAUAUGGGUCAUUACACGGCUAUCUUCGCGUAAAGAACGAGACUUCUUCUCACCGGAUGGACAAUUCCAUCGCUUCCUUCCUGAUCUCGUGCAAGCGGUCACUUCUGCUUUGCAAUAUCUUUUUAUCCAGGAGUUCGAGGUUCCCUAUAUCUGGACCCACAAGCGCGAUUAUAUCUCUUAUUUCAACCCUGAAGAGCUGCGAACUCGGGUUGAGCUCCUCACCCUGGAUGACCUGUGGCGGGUGUAUACCCUUGGUCAGAAGUAUAGGUCGCUCGUAGAACGGCGCAAGACUCUAGAUGCACUAUAUGCACGUCUUGGUGUUUCCGAUGAUUACUUCGAGACGCACCUCCGACGAAGGGUUGAAAGUGUCGAGUUUGUAGCUGACGCGACUGAAUGGCUCGGUAUGAAGUACCGGGAUGACAAGAAACGUCAGUUCGAGAUGCACUUCCAUGAUGACGAGGAGCAACCGGAGACCAAGAAAUGGAAGGUACCUAGUCGUACAUCCGCUUAUGAGCUUGCGAAGAAGAGCACAGUCGCAAAGCUGGCGCAGGGUUUCGGUAUAGAACCUCACGAAGUUGUCAUCAACGUCCUGAAAGGCGCUCUUGAACAUUAUGUUCAGGACCCUGAACUGAACCCAAGUGCAUACGCUGAACAAUUUGCGGAUCCUGAUCCUGCAAAAGCUCGCCCUCCAGAAGAGCUUCUUCGUCGCGCCCGAAUGAUCUUCGCAACAGAGCUCGGUAAGGACCCUGCUCUGCGUGAGGAGGUUCGCAAGGUUUUCAAGGAACAUGCGGAAAUAUCGGUGCAACCUACAGAGCGCGGUAUUAACAAAGUCUCUGAGCAUGAUCCGUAUUUCAACUUCAAAUACCUCCACAACAAACGUGCCAUGGACAUGAAGCAAUCAACUCAGUUCUUGAGUAUCCUCACGGCGGAGUCCGAACAUCUGGUCACGGUCUCUAUCCAUAUACCACCGGAAGCGAAGUCCGCCUUUGAGCGCAAGCUACAUGAUGCCUUCACAUCCGAGAACUUCAGUGAAACUGCCCAAUCGUGGAACGAGGAACGACUCAGAAUCAUACAAGAGACUAUCGAGCACCAUCUCAUUCCAGUUGGUGUCAAAUGGACACGUGAAUGGCUUCGGGAAGAGUCAGAAGAGUAUUACUGCAGGCAAUGUGCGGAAGUACUUCGUGAUCGUGUGGAUGUUGCACCUUACCACUCUCCCGAGAUGUCACCCGGAGAUACGCCCAAGGUCCUAGCAAUGUCUUGGGGUCAAGGCAACCCGCAGAAGGAUGUUAUUACUGUCGUCUACAUGGACGACGCAGGUCGUCUUCGAGAGCACACGAAGCUUGAUAACCUCUACGACGCCGAGAUUAAAGAUGAAUUCAUCGACCUUCUGCGACGAAGGAAGCCUGAUGUUAUCGUCAUUGGCGGGUUCAGUAUCGCGACGGCAAGUCUUAGUAAACGCGUCAAGGAACUCAUCCAACCGCCCGCGCCUGAUCCUCCAGCGAAUGGAUGGGACUCAGCUCCGCCCAGUCAGGAAUCUUUCGACAUCCCUGUGAUCUACGUUUAUGACGAAGUGGCUCGAUUGUACCAGAACAGCAAGCGUGCGGAAGAGGAAUUCAGCGCCCUUUCAUCCAUAGCGAAGUAUUGUGUCGGUCUGGCUCGAUAUACGCAGAGUCCAUUGAACGAAUAUGCUGCUCUUGGUGCUGAUAUCGCUGCUGUCUCUUACCUCGAGGGUGUUCACCAUCCGAUCCCGACUGAUAGGGUUUUGACUGCUCUGGAAAGAGUUUUGGUUGAUAUCACCAAUAAAGUUGGUGUCGAUAUCAAUCGGGCAGUCACAGAUUCGUAUUACCAACAUCUUCUUCCCUUCGUCUGCGGCCUCGGUCCUCGGAAGGCUCAAGUUUUAGUGAAGAAGAUUGCACAAAUUGGCGGAACUCUUGUAAAUCGAGAGCAAUUUGUCAAAAGCAAUCUUCUGACGACGAAGAUUUUCCUCAAUGCGGCAGGUUUCCUGCGUAUUGUGCAGAGCACGGACGGUGUGAAGGCGUCGAAGAACCGCCACGGCGAAGAGGCUGAUGCGCCAGACCCGUUGGACAACACUCGUAUUCAUCCGGAAGACUACGAGUUGGCACGGAAGAUGGCCACUGACGCAUUGGAACUCGACGAAGAAGAUGUGCACGACGAGCACCCUUCGCAUGUUGUCAGUCUGAUUAUGCAAGAUCCUGAGAACGACAAGAAGCUGGAUGAACUCAACCUGGACGAUUUCGCUGUCAACAUGUACGAGACGAAUCAUGACAGGAAACGUCACACGCUGAACGUGAUUCGCGCUGAACUGCUCAAGCCAUUCGGAGAGAUGCGCAAGACUUUCCCAAUACCAAAUGUUUGGGAUGUGCUCGCCAUGUUGACCGGCGAGAACCAGAAUACGCUGCGUGUCGGAAACAUCAUCUCCGUUGUUGUCCUUCGUAUCAAUGAGAGUUUCGUUGUCGUCCGUUUGGAUUCUGGCAUCGAGGGCGUCAUCAAUGCCCAGUACCUGGCCGACCAAGCCACUCCUACUAAGCAAGCAGUCAAGAAAGGUCAAUCGAUCCAAGGGGUCAUCAUCGACGCGAAGAUGAAUCUUGCAAACGACUCUUUUUCAGUGGAGUUGUCAUCUCGUCCCUCGGAUGUCAGUGCAGGCGAUAUGCAGUUCCGCCGCGUCAAGCACGAUGAGUAUUGGGAUCAUGUGCAACAUGACCGCGAUACCGAGAUGCAAGCCAGGAAGAAGCGAGCGGAGGUGGACCGAACGCGUCGGGUUAUCAAGCAUCCCAACUUCCACAACUUCAAUGCAGGUCAGGCGGAACAAUACCUCGACAAGCAACAACGUGGCGAUGUUGUUAUUCGACCUUCGUCCAAGGGUGCUAACCAUCUGGCCGUUACUUGGAAGGUUGACGACAAACUGUACCAACAUAUUGACGUUGUUGAGUUGAAUGCGGAUCCAUCUGGUCAAACUGUUGGAACGAAGCUUAUCGUCGACAAUCAACAUCAGUUCUCCGAUUUGGACGAACUUAUUGUGAAUCACGUUCAGGCUAUGGCUCGUAAAGUCGAGGAACUGAUGGCGCAUGAGAAGUUCAAGCAUGGGUCCGAGGACGAACUUCAUCUCUUCUUGAAGAACUUCGUCGCCGCCAACCCUGCAAAGAGUGCGUACGGCUUUACGCUCAACAGGAAGCGACCCGGUCACUUCAGUCUCUGCUUCUUGGCGAACAAGAACUCAACGGUGCAGACAUGGCCUGUUCGUGUGACGCCUGAGGCUUACUACCUGUUUGAGACGCCAGCCGCUGGUGUUCCCGAACUGUGCGAUGCGUUCAAAGUUAGACACCUGCACGAGUCACAAAACCUUGGUGGGGGUGGCCUUGGUGGCAAGACACCUUAUGGUGCACGCACACCUGCCCGAACCCCGGCUCCUGGACAUGCAACGCCUGGACGAAUGUCUGUUCGUCAUGUUGGUAGGACGCCAAACCCAUACGGCGGGGCCCCAGGUGGCGCAACACCAUUCGGAGCGCCUCCCCCAUCUGCAUUGGGAAUGCCGCCACCGCCGACACCAGCGUAUGCUGGUUAUCAGACUCCUGGCUACGGUUCGCGACCAGCAGGAGCAGGUGCGCCUGGCGGUAUGAACCCUCAGCGAGCUGCCAUGAUUCAGCAGUCAGGUUGGGGCGACGCGCCAGCCCCUUGGUAAGCAACGGAGGUCCUUAUCUAUCGCAUUAUUGUUUCGUUUUGUAUGUCUCGCAUUCUGUUGCAUUAUCCUAUCAUCCAUGUAUUUUAUCGGUCAUUUUUUCUACUUGCUUGAUAUUGAAACGAAAGACAGUUCUUUAAUAUUGUGAGUGUUCUGUG